AUGAUGAUGAUGAGAUCGAUCUUGAUACUCCUUAUGAAGAAUUUUAUAACAAUUGUGCUCUCGUACAAAAACCAGAAGAUAGACAACGCCGUAAUGUUCAUGAAAGACACCGCCGGAAUAAUAACCUUGUUUGGCGAAGAAUAUCUACGACGUCCAACACAGGAGGAUCUGCAAAGACUACUACAUAUCGGAGAACAACGUGGAUUUCCGGGGAUGCUUGGAAGCAUCGACUGUAUGCAUUGGGAGUGGAAGAAUUGCCCCACGGCUUGGAAAGGAAUGUACUCACGAGGAACCGGAAAACCGACAAUUGUGUUGGAGGCGGUAGCUUCGUAUGACCUAUGGAUAUGGCACGCGUUUUUUGGAGCACCAGGUACUAUGAACGAUCUAAAUAUUCUUGAUCGAUCACCUGUUUUUGACGAUAUUAUUAAUGGCAUCGCGCCAGAAGUGAACUUCUAUGUUAAUGAUAAUCAGUACCAUUUCGGAUAUUAUCUCACUGAUGGUAUUUAUCCGAAAUGGGCGGCUUUUAUUCAAUCUAUUCGACUACCACAAAAUCAGAAGCAUUCAUUAUUUGCUCAAACCCAAGAAUCAGUUCGAAAAGAUGUCGAGCGUGCCUUCGGAGUCCUUCAGGCUAGAUUUGCCGUUGUCAAAAAUCCGUCAAAGUUAUGGGAUAAAGAGAAAAUAGGAAAUGUUAUGAGAGCAUGUAUCAUACUCCAUAAUAUGAUUGUCGAAGAUGAACGGUCAUCAUUCACUCAGUAUAACAAAUUUGAGUUUCAACCAAGAGAAGUUCCGGAUACAUUUACCGUCAACAUGCCUUCGAAUAUCAGUGAAAAUGUCGGCACUACAAUGGAUCGUCGAACAAGGCUUCGGAAUAGACAAAUCCAUGAAAACUUAAAACACGAUUUGAUUGAAAAUAUAUGA